UCAUGCGAACUUAAGCCUACACUCGACCUUUGGCACAUGUUACACUGCAGGAAGCUGCGGGGAUUCUGCUCUUUAGAGGUCUACCCCAUGGAGGGGGUGCAAAGCUGAUAUAUAUAAGCCCAUUGCCUCAUCUUUUCCUGUUCACAGCCCGGUCCAUAAUCAUCAUUGCUGGACUUUUGCAACCAUGGGUCGCACUAGGAAAAACAACGACAAGGAGGAGGAGGAGGCCAAAAAGCGUCAUAUCCAGAGCCUCUGCGAUGCUUGCUGCAUCCGCAGCCUGAAACCUUGGAUUCGAGCUUCUCUCUGCUGCGCCGAUAAUUCUUUUCUCGAAGCAUUGGUGCCAACGGCGCAAAUGCCCCAUGAAAUCGGGCCGUCGUCUGAUGCCCGGAUCUACACAGAAGAGAUAAUCAAGUCCUUGGCCCAACAAUCCAGGGAGGAACCUACUUAUCAGACCCAGGAGUUCCAGGGGAAUCAAUGCACACAGAAGCUGCAGACCACAACGAAAUCCAAUGAUCCCCAGCAGCCCCAGACUUCCGAGAGCACUGAUACCACAGCUCCUGGGGCCCAACGAUCCAGCGAGGACUCCGGUUGCCAGACCAGGCAGUUGCAGGGGGAUCAAUACACACAGAAACUGCAGACUACAAAGCAAUCCGAUGAUUCACAGCAGCCGCAGACCUCUGAAAACACCAAUACCACAGCUCCCGGGGACCAGUAUUCCAGGAAGAAGUCUACUGUCCAGUCUCAGGAACCCCAACGGAAUCGAUUCACACAGAAGCCGCAGACCAUAAAGCAACCCAGUGAUCUCCAGCAGCCCCCGACUUCCAAGAGCACUGUUACUACAGCCCCAUCUCAAUCAUCCCCACAACCCCAGACGUUCGAAAGUACGGAAGUAACAGUCCCUGUGAGCCUUCUUGUGCUUAAAUUCCCAGCCUAAUAUUGCGCUAAAUAGUAGCCUAGCCCACGGACAGUGAAUGCAAGCGGCGUUAUAAACACCUGAAGGAAUACCCAUACAUCCAGCAUGUCGGCUUCAGCCAACAAGGCUGCAAGCUCUAGGUCACGCGGAAGAUCUUCUGGGGCCCCCAGCGCUUUAUCUCGUUGGAGGCCGAUUUCCUGGGCCAGCCCAUCCCUGGCCCAUACGAGGAGGCGCUGUGGGCGGCAUGUCUUCACCACCCUCACUGCGACGUGUAUGAAGAGUUCCGCAUCGAGCCCCUCGACG